CGAAAAACGUCCAGCUUAAAACAUCUUUCUUCGUAAAAUUCUUCUCGCCAAAAUUCGCCCACACUGGUGAUGGUAAGGGAGCGUGUGACUGGGGGCGCCCUGCUACUGCUGCGUUUUGUCAGCACCUCCUGCCUGGUCCACCUCACCCAUGGCCUACUACAGGUGCCAGACCCCACCACCCAUCACUUCUUCCAUCACCCUUCACUGCCCGGUGGUUCCGACCCUGUUGAGGACAACAAUGCACCUGGCGACCACGUCAACAUCGGGGAAACUUCGCCAGGGUUUCAGGAUGCCUCUGGUCGAAGACAUCGUGACCCGAGUGUUCGUCGUCUGGUAAAAGGAAAAGAAUUCGAAGAGCGAGGCCAAGGGGUCAGAGGGGCACUUGUCGACAAUCGACUUACGAGGGAGGGUGAUGUCGAGGUUCGUCUUGCUGGUCGACGAGACAGAUAUUCUGAUGGUCGCUAUGCAGCUCGUCUUGCUGAAGGCCGUAGUUUUGAUGCCCGACUUUCUGAAGGCCACCAACUUCAUGCCCGACGUGCUGAAGGCCGCCGACUUGAUACACGACUUGCUGAAGGACGAGGACUUGAUGCUCGACUUGUUGAAGGCCGCCGCCUACAUGUCCAAUAUGAUAAAAUUCGAAGACUUGAUGCCCGACUUUCCGAAGGUCGACAACUUCACGGCCGAAUUGGUGAAGAGCGAUAUCUUGAUGCCAGACAAGUCAAAGAGCAACGACUACUCAACAAGAUCGCUGAACGAAGACUGUUCGCCCAUAAAAGAUCUGAUACACACCUUCGUGGUGGACAAUUUAUUGAUAAACAACCUGACACAAGGAAGGCUGAAGAACGUCGUCUUGACACAAAGAGAAAUUCUGAAGAACGACGUCUUGGCACAAGGAGGAACUCUGAAGAACUUCUUGACACAAGCAGGAACACUGAAGAACGACGUCUUGACACAGGAAGGAACACUGAAGAACGGCUCCUUGACACAAGGAGGAACACUGGAGAACAACGCAUUGACACAAGGAGAAACUCUGAAAAUCGGCGGUUUGACACAAGGAGGAACUCUGCAGAACGACGCCUUGACACAAGGAAGCACACUGAAGAACGGCGCCUUGACACAAGGAUAAACUCUGAAGAACGCCGCCUUGACACAAAAAGGAACUCUGAAAAACAACGCCUUGACGCAAAGAGGAACACUGAAGAACGGCACCGUGACACAAGGAAUAACAGUGAAGAACGACGCCUUGACACAGAGAGGAACUCUGAAGAACGUCGCCUUGAUACAAAGAAAAACAUUGAAGAAAGUCGCCUUGAUACAAGGAAGAACACUGAAGAACGUCGCCUUGACACAAAGAGGAACUCUGAAAAACGACGCCUUGACACAGGAAGGAACACUGAAGAACGGCUCCUUGACACAAGGAGGAACACUGGAGAAGAACGCAUUGACACAAGGAGAAACUCUGAAAAUCGGCGGCUUGACACAAGGAGGAACUCUGCAGAACGACGCCUUAACGCAAAGAGGAACACUGAAGAACGGCGCCUUGACACUAGGAAUAACAGUGAAGAACGACGCCUUGACACAAAAAGGAACUCUAAAGAAAGACGCCUUGACACAGGAAGAAUCACUGAAGAACGGCGCCUUGACACAAGGGAGAGCUCUGAAGAACGACACCUUGACGCAAGGAGGAACUCUGAAGAACGUCGCCUUAACACAGGAAGGAACUCUGAAGAACGUCUCCUUAACACAAGAAGGAGCUCUGAAGAACGUCGUCUUGACACAAAGAGGAACUCUGAAGAACGACGCCUUGACACAGGAAGGAACAGUGAAGAACGGCACCUUGACACAAGGGUUAACUCUGAAGAACGUCGCCUUGACACUAGGAGGAAGUCUGAAGAACGUCGCUUUAGCACACGGAGGAACUCUGAAGAACGUCGUCUUGACACAAGGAGAGCAGAAGAACGUCACCUUGACACGUGGAGGAAUACUGAAGAACGUCCCAUUGACACAAGAAGGAAUACUGAAGAACGUCGCCUUGACGCAAGGAGAAACACUGAAGAGCGUCGCUUUGACGCGUGGAAUAAUGCUGAAGAACGGCGCCUUGACACAAGGAAGAACACCGAAGAAAGACGCCUUGACACAAUAAGGAACACUGAAGAACGUCACCUUGACACAAGAAGGAACACCGAAGAACGUCGCUUUAACACAAGGAUGAAUACUGAAGAACGUCGCUUUGACACAAGAAGGAACACAGAAGAACGUUGCCAUGACACAAAGAGGAAUACUGAAGAACGUCGCCUUGACACAAGAAGGAAUACUGAAGAACGUCCCCUUGACACAAGAAGGAAUACUGAAGAACGUCGCCUUGAUACAAGGAGGAAUACUGUAAAACGUCACAUUGACACAUGGAUGAAUACUGAAGAACGUCGCCUUGACACAAGAAAGAAUACUGAAAAACGUCGCCUUGACACAAGGAGGAAUACUGAAGAACGUCGCCCUGUAACGAGAAUUAUUACCGAAGAACGUACUCUUGACACAAGAAGGAAUACUGAAGAACGUCGCCUUGUCACAAGGAGGGAUACCGAAGAACGUCUCCUGAAAAGUAGGAGAGCUGAAGAACGGUGCCUUGACACAAGGAGGAAUAUAGAAGAACGUUGCCUUAACAGUAGGAGAGCUGAAGAACGGCGUCUUGACACAAGGAGGAAUACUGAGGAACUUCGCUUUGACACAAAAAGGUACAGUGAAGAACGGCGCCUUGAUGCAAGGAAGAACACUGAAGAACGACACCUUGACACAAGGAGGAGCUCUGAAGAACGUCGCCUUGACACAAAGAGGAACUCUCAAGAGCGCCGCCUUGACACAGGAAGGAACACUGAAGAACGGCUCCUUGACACAAGGAGGAACUCUGCAGAACGACGCCUUGACACAAGGAAGAACACUGAAGAACGACUCCUUGACACAAGGAGAAACUCUGAAGAACGUCGCCUUGACACAAGGAGGAAUUCUGAAGAACGACGCCUUGACACAAAGAGGAACACUGAAGAACGGCGCCUUGAAACAAGGAAGAACAGUGAAGAACGACGCCUUGAAAGAAGUGGGAACUCUGAAGAACGUCGCUUUGACACAAAGAGGAACUCUAAAGAUCGACGCCUUGACACAAGGAGGAACCCUGAAGAACGUCGCCUUAACACAAGGAGGAACUCUGAAGAACGGCGCUUUGACACAGGAAGGAACACUGAAGAACGGCGCCUUGACACAAGGGGGAACUCUAAAGAACGUCGCUUUGACACUAGGAGGAACUCUGAAGAACGUCGCCUUAGCACACGGAGGAACUCUGAAGAACGUCGUCUUGACACAAGAAGGAAUACUGAACAUCGUCGCCUUGACGCAAGGAGAAACACUGAAGAACGUUGCUUUGACACGUGGAGUAAUGCUGGAGAACGGCGCCUUGAUACAAGGAAGAACAAUGAAGAACGACGCCUUGACACAAGGCGUAGCAUUGAAGAACAUCGCCUUGACACAAGAAGGAACACUGAAAAACGUCACCUUGACGCAAAGAGAAAUACCGAAGAACGUCGCCUUUACACAGGGAGGAAUACUGAAGAACGUCGAUUUGAUACAGGAAGGAAUACUGAAGAACGUCGCCUUGACAGAAGGAUGAAUACUGGAGAACGUCGCCUUGACACAAGAAGGAAUGCUGAAGAACGUUUCCUUGACGCAAGAAUGAAUACUGAAGAACGUCGCCUUGACGCAAGGAGGAAUGCUGAAGAACGUCGCUUUGACACAAGAAGUAAUGCUGAAGAACGUCGCUUUGACACAAGGAGGAAUACUGAAGAACGUCGCCUUGACACAAGGAGGAAUACCGAAGAACGUCACCUCAACAGUAGGAGAGCUGAAGAACGGAGCCUUGACAGAAGGAUGAAUACUGAAGAAUUUCGCCUUGACACAAAAAGGUAUAGUGAAGAACGUCGCCUUGACACAAGAAGGAAUACUGAUCUACGUAGCCUUGACUCAAGGAAAGCUGAAGAACGUCGCCAUGACACGAGAAGGGAUACUGAAGAACGACGCCUUGACACAAGGAGGACAACAGAAGAACGUCGCCUUGACAGAAGGAGGAAUACCGAAGAACGUCUUCUUGAAACAAGGAUAAAUACUGAAGAACGUCGCCUUGAAACAAGGAGAAAUACUGAAGAACGUCUCUUUGAUACAAGGAUGAAUACCGAAGAACGUCGCCUUGGCACAAGAAGGAAUAUUGAAGAACGUCGCCUUGACACAAGGAGGAUUUCUGAUGAACGUCUCCUUGACACAAGAAGGAACACUGAAGAACGUCUAAUUGACACAAGGAGGAAUACUAAAGAACGUCACCCUGACAGAAGGAGGAAUACCGAAGAACGUCUCCUUGAAACAAGGACGAAUACCAAAGAACGUCGCCUUGAUACAAGGAGGAAUACUGAAGAACGUCACCUUGAAACAAGGAGGAAUACUGAAGAACGUCGCCUUGAAGGUCGUCGCCUUGACACAAGGAGAGUCGACCUCUUUAUCCCAAGGAACUGUGAAGGCAGUAGCCUUGACACAAGGAGAGCGGAAGAAUGUCGCUUUGACACAAGGUCGUCGUUGGUUCAUAGCACAAACAGGAAGGUUCCUGGAGAGCUGCUGCUUCAAGGCUACAAGUUGUCCGUGGCGCCAGUUUCCUCCUUGUUGGAAGUAGCACCCAAGACACAGCACCCUCACUUAUUGCUAGACGAUGUCACCUUUAUGAAGUCCCAAGUGAGUACUGUACCUUUAUCUGGCCACACAUUGUAUGAAUGUAUACAGUAUAUUGCCAUGUUGUUUCAUAAUUUUGUAAUAUUUAGUAUGUACCAGUAUUGUAUACAGACCUACUCUGUUAUACGCCAAAUAUCACCUUUGAAAUUCAUCCCAAGUUGAUUUUUCUUUCAUCACUGUGCUCACAAUACCCCAAACCCGAGAGACACCGAGGCUUCCUGAUGCGCACUUCAUACUUCACCUGACAUUGUUUUGUUAUUGAUUGUUCUCUGUGUCUGACGGAACCAAACUUCAUUGUCUUGCAAUUCCCUAUGGUGUUUAUAGCUAAAGUCUUACUAAUAAUAUUUUUCUAACUCACUACUUAUUGGUAGAUGGAUAAUUUUGAAGGUAUAAGGACUUAAUGAUUUUUUGACUGCCUUUUUUAAGUUUCCAGUAAGUUAAUGUUUACAUUAAGAAAGUCUGAAACAACAGUAUUGUAUAAGGAUUACGACUUAGUAAUUCCUCUAAGGUUCAAUUUACUUUUGUAUAAAAACAUUAAUGUGUUAAACAAAGGGGCGCAUCGUAAACUGCGCGCUUUAUAACCAUUCAGAGGUUCUAAAAGCAAUAGUUGUGUUAAGUAGACGGUAAAUUAUUCUUGUUACUAUUCGUUUGCUGUCCAUUGUUGAAGUGAACACGGAUCAUCACCAGUCUCACGUGCUUUAUAACGUCACAUUCAUCAAUUUGACUCACAUCUUCAUCAUAAUUUUUUAAAGAACAUCGUAAAUAUUGCUAUCCCGUUUUCUAUUCAAUACCGGCCGCCACGAGAACGACUCCUGCACGAUUUUCGACGCUAAACGGCUGAUGACGUUCCCAAAAGGUCGGAACAACUCUCUCCUGCACCUGACUUCACUUUCACUAUCCCCAGGUCGCUGUACGCGCACCUGGAACCAGUAUAAUCAUCUUUACAUUGUCUCUUGAAGACAUUGGUCAAUAUCAUAGUCAAUAAAAGGAUGUAGAGUUGUUGUUGGUCUUUAAUGUUAGAUAAUGUAGUAAUUCGUGUACUUUUGGAUUGAUGUAACUCGCCGUAAGACUAGAAAGAUACUUCUUGUACCUGGGGUAUGCUUGCAAUCUGGCACUCUCUAUUGAUGUGAUCUCUUGGGGACUACUUAUCUGUCCUUGAGUAUAGUAUAUGCAUGCUUAUAAUAAUAGCUACUGUACAGCGCAUAUAUGGUAUACAAUAAAAUGGUGCCACGUCAAAAAUUUAGUUAUUGAACCUUGUCUGUUGUAUUUAAGGAGCCAUGGUUUGAUGUGAGAAUUCAUGUAAAUGGCUCUCUUCAGCUUUUAAUUUUGAUGAAUUCUUAAAGGUUCUUAAUGUUCAACUUUACCUUAGGUAAGAAUGUGAAAAUUUAUUCAUCCUGUCUCACCAGCUAAAAGAUCAUGUGAAUUCC